CCUAAAUUGGACGCGGUCUUCCGAUAUUCAGAGUCCAAACAAACCCAAAGCCCUCGCCCUUCCUCAAUCCUCUUCGUCUUCCUCCGAACUCGGCGGUUGAAGACUCGCCGUCGCCCUCAAAUCGGCCGAAUCCGCCGGAGCAACGAUGUCGUACGACGACGUGGAGAUUGAAGACAUGGAGUGGAAUGAGGAACUGCAGGCCUUCACGUACCCAUGCCCUUGCGGCGACUUGUUCCAGAUUACGAAGGAGGAUCUUAAGCUCGGUGAAGAGAUUGCUCGGUGCCCUAGCUGUUCUCUUUACAUCACAGUUAUCUACAACAUGGAAGAUUUUCUUGGAGACUCUGAUCAGAAGAAUAACAAAGGACUUGAGCCCUCCAAACAACAGCCUAUCGUUGUCGCUUGAGAAUUCAGAGUACUCGAAUGUGAAUCACGGUGUAACCACGACAGCUACACUUGUUGCAGAUGAAAUUUUGUCAUCCAUUGUUAAUUCGGAGACGUUCGUCGCCAUUAUAGUUUCUUCUUUUUCUGUUGUUUUCUUCCCCACCCCUCGGAAUCGAUCUAGCAAACAGAGGAAAGUAGAGCUGCAGGCGAAAAAACGCAUCAAAGUACUAUUUUUGUUCCUUGAAAAAGUAAUUUAUAGAUUCUUGAUCUGUGCACAAUCUAAUGUUAAUGAGUGGUGAUUUCCUUGGUCGAACUUUCAGACAUAGAAUGGAUGAAAAGCUGUAAUGAUCUAAAUCUUUUGCUGUUCCUCA